AUGAAUAUCGAUACCCGCCAAAAGUUGAAGCGCAAUAUUUCCUUGGAUGCUCAGCAAGAUCCUCCUAUCAAGAAGCCCAAAAUGCGAAAACCUCUAGAGACUAGAUACGAAACACCUUAUCCUUCUUCUCUUUCUGAAUCUCAAGUCUACAAGUUGCCAUCGUCCAUCGGUCCUUAUCUUUCGCCAUCCAAGUUUUCCCCAAUCCCUAAAGCUCAUUUGCGACGUAAUCAUCGAAGAACCAGCUCUACCAAUCUGAAAGAAAAUGCAUCUGUGCUGUGCAGUCCGUUUCCUAAAGGGAAAAACCCACAGAAGCUCAAGAAAUACGGCAAAGCAGCCAAACGUACCUCCAAGAAACGCGCUGAUCCACGCUCAAACGGGACUCCAUCAGACAGCUGCUCUAGCUCCGCUUCUAGCCCCGACCGUCGCAAUCAGGAGCUUACAUUGGCGGAAAAGAUUCACAAUUCCAGCAUUCCUCGUUCGCGCGCUUCGCAGUCGACAACCAAUUCCCCAGCUGAGACGACGACCAGAGUCCGUCGACCUUCAGCUCCUACACCUCCAAAGAAAAUUGAUUGGAAGGAUCUUGUACCAACCCACCCCGUUAAUCUAAGGGCCCCUAUUUCCGGUUAUCCCCAGUCCCAUUUCGAUCCAGAUGCCAAUGAGUUCAUUCGACCUUCGCCUAAUCACUCGCAGAUAGACUUCAACAGGCCGCCAUCGCAGCUCUCUUUGUACGACUAUAAUCGCAGCGUAACUUACCAUGACAUGGACGUGGAUGAUGUGGCUUCGACUGAUCAAGAUGCGUUUUUCACUGAUGUACAGGGUACCUCGACUCCUUUCAAGAAUCUUAGCUCUCUCAGCGUCGCUGACCGUCGAUUUGGAGGUACAGUAGAUCCAGCAGCUCUCUCCGGCUCUGCCCUCUUGCUCUUGCAAUCGAAUACUGACGGACAAGAAACGGACACUGAUAAUGAUUCCUGUGGAUUUGACUCCGAUGAAGCUAUAGAUGACCCUGGGCCUCAUAGAUCUUUCCGAGCCCUAAAACUCGCGUCCAGGAACAAAUCGAAAUCUGGUAGUGGAUACAUCACUCCCUCGUGUGACUCUGGCGACGAGGAGAUGGGUCGACGUUCUCCGUGGAUCAGCGACUCGUUGAUCUCGCCUCCCAAGACGAUCGACUGGAAAUUAGUGGCACAACAGACUGAAGAUGGCGCAUAUAGUCAGGUAAAUAGCGGAGAUCAUAUGGUGACAGAUGAAGGAGAUCGCGUCUCCGAACCUGCGUUGCAGGAUUUGUUCGACAAUAUGAUUCUCAAUAAAACUGCAAUGGACGCCCACAGCUCGCCUCCCGACGACACAGAAUCAUAUUGUGUUCGUCUUCCUCUUCGUACUCGCUCCCUGGAUACCGCGCAUCCUCUAUCUACUGACCAGGAGGAGGAGUCUUUCAAUCCUGUCGCUCCUGUCGCUCCCGGAGCUAGAAGAACCAGGAGCGGAACCAUUAUUCCAGGUACCUCCGCCGUACCCGUUGUCACGUCGAAUGUACCUCCGGCACUCCCUAGGAGGACUAGAAGUGGAACAGUCGUUCCAGGAAACUUCGGCACUCUCUAUCCCGCUCCAUUGAAUGACGAAAAGCAAAACACUCUUGGAGCUGCUCUGUCCGUCUACGGUCGCCGUGCUCGCAGCGGAACCAUUGUCUACAGUUCGUCGCUUGCGCCGUCCCUGCCCAUCGUAGAAGAAAAAAACACUACUGAAUUCAGCUCAGCUAUUCCAGUGAUGUCCCAGGCUCGACGCGCUCGCAGUGGCAGUAUCAUGGCUGCUAGUUCCAUUCCGGAAGGAGUAGUUGCAAAUUCUACCGUGGGUCCCACUGCUGCUGCUGCAGUGCCUCGUUCUAGAAUUAGGAGUGGAAGCAUUGUCGCACUUGGGAACACCUUAGGAAGCCUUUCCAGUCAUGCAACUGGUUUUAUCAAACGUCCGAGUAGCGGAACAGUGGUGCGAGCGUCUGCAGAUCCAGAUCCAAUGAUUGCUGUGGAGAAAGCCAUCGAUAUCGAUUAUCUGCAAAAGAGCCCAGCUGACACGAGUACCGUCAAUGUGGCUCAUCUCCAAGGUGAAGACGUAGAAAUGUCGCUGGCAUCUGAGGAUAGGCAUAACCCCAUUCCGCGUUCACCUGACGAUCCGAUAGAUCUUUUAGAGCCAAUGGUCUUCGCUCGUCCUGUCCAAUCGUCCCCUCCACACACCGCCACGUUGAGCGCUGCUUUCCACGUCCGUUCCUCCAGCGGACUCCGCGCUCGCGCCAAAGCUGCCGCCUCUAAGGCGAAAGGGUUGAGUAAGUCCUUGACUGGCAAAUCUGGCGGUGCCAAAGUCAGAGUCCUGAUUGGACCUGAGGCGGGCGCGGCUGCCCUUGCUCGUGCUCGGGCAAGGGCUGAACGUAGGUCGACUAAUGAUGAUGAUUUUGUUAACGAAGAGGAUUUGUCUGACGAUGAAUUGUUGUUGAAGUGA